AUAAUUGCAGUGGUGGAUGGAGUCACAGCUUCUGUAAAGACUGUCUGAAGAGUUGGUGGACACAGAAACCAGCACAGGAGUGUCCAGUUUGUAAGAGAAGAUCUUCAAAGUCUGAACCACCUUGUAACCUGGUGUUAAAGCAGCUGUGUGAGGCCUUCUUACAGGAGAGAGAUCAGAGAGCUUCAGAGGCUCUCUGCAGUCUGCACUCUGAGAAACUCAAACUCUUCUGUCUGGACCAUCAGCAGCCGGUGUGUCUCAUCUGCAGAGAUUCAGAAAAACACAGCGACCACAGAUUCAGACCCGUCGAUGAAGCUGCACGACAACACAAGAAGAAACUUCAGGAGACUCUGGAGCCCUUAAAGGAGAAGUUAAAGGUUUUUAAACGAGUUAAAGUGAAGUCUGAACAAACAGCAGCUCACAUGAAGGUCCAGGCCCGACGCACAGAGACGCAGAUUAAGGAGCAGUUUAAGAAGCUCCACCAGUUUCUGGAGGAGGAAGAGGAGGCCAGGAUGGCUGCACUGAGGGAGGAAGAGGAGCACAAGAGUCAGAGGAUGAAGGAGGAGCUGGAGGCUCUGAGCAGAGAGAUAGCGGCUCUUUCAGACACGGUCAGAGACGCAGAGGACGAGCUGAGAGCCGAAGACGUCUCCUUCCUGCAGAGAUACCAGGCUGCGGUGGACAGAGUCCAGCAGCGCCCCCUGCUGGAGGAUCCACAGCUGCUCUCAGGAGCUCUGAUAGACGAG